AUGGAGCUAACACCCACCCACCCCACCCUAGGUUAUCUAGAUGAUAUUAUAGUUACAGGAAACAAUACAAUAGAUCAUUUAAAUAAUCUUCAACAAUUAUUUAUACGUAUACGUGAAUAUGGUUUUCAUCUGAACAAACAAAAAUGUUCAUUUUUACAAAAUCAAGUUGAAUAUCUUGGUUAUAUUGUUGAUAAACAUGGUAUUCGUUCAUCACCAUCAAAAACAACAGCAAUUAUUAAAAUGCCUCGUCCAGAUAAUAUUUCACAAUUACGUUCAUUUUUAGGUAUGGUUAAUCAUUAUGCAAAAUUUAUCCCGAAAUUAACUGAACGAUUAUUUCCAUUAUAUGAAUUAUUAAAAAGGAAUAAACCAUGGAAUUGGACUUUUCAAUGUGAAAAUACAUUUAAAUCUAUUAAAGAAAUUCUUAUUUCGCCAUUGGCACUUGUUCAUUAUGAUCCAGCUUUACCUCUAGUAAUGGCUGCAGAUGCAUCUAAUGUAGGUGUAGGCGCUGUUAUUUUUCAUCGUUAUCCAAAUGGUUCCGAAAGAGUUAUAGCACAUGCAUCAAAAACAUUAACACUAACAGAAAAAAAAUAUUCACAGAUUGAAAAAGAAGCAUUAGCAUUAAUUUUUGGUGUUCAAAAAUUUGAUCAAUUUUUACGUGGUCGUCGUUUUACAUUAUUAACAGAUCAUAAACCAUUAAUUACAAUAUUUGGAUCAAAAAAUGGUAUACCAACAACUUCAGCUAAACGUCUCCAACGUUGGGCACUUCGUUUAAUGGGUUAUUCUUAUGAUAUUCAAUACCGUUCAACUCUUCAAUUUGGCCAAGCUGAUGGUCUUUCACGUUUACCUGCUGGUCCUGAUACAAAAUUCGAUCAAAAUGAUCCUACAGAAUCACGUCUUAUAAAUUUAAUACAACAAGAAUUACAAUAUGCAUUACCUCUUCGUGCUGCACAAAUUGCAAUUGAAACAAAAAAAGAUAAAAUACUUUCACAAGUUUAUAAUUAUAUUCUUUCCGGUUGGCCAACAACAAAUAUUGAACAUUUACAAUCAUAUUAUAGAAUUCGAAAUGAAUUAUCAACAGCACAUGGUUGUAUUACAUGGGGUUUUAGAACAAUUAUCCCAUCCUGUUUCAGACAACGUUUACUUAAUCAUUUACAUUCACCACAUUUAGGAGUGGCUAAAAUGAAAGCUGAAGCACGUCAAUACUUUUGGUGGCCAUUAUUAGAUAAAGAUAUUGAAAAUAUUGUUAAUCAAUGUCCAAGCUGUUCCGUCAAUUCGAAACAACCACCAAAAGCUUCAUUACAACAAUGGAAUGUACCUGAACAACCAUGGCAACGUAUACAAAUUGAUUUUAUGGGAAAAUUCUUUAAUUAUUAUUACUUAAUUGUUGUUGAUGCUCAUUCAAAACGGUUAGAAGUAUUAGUUAUGAAUAAUAUUUCUACAAAAGCAACUAUUAAUGCUUUACAAUCAUUAUUUUCUCGUAAUGGGUUAUGUGAACAAAUUGUUUCAGAUAAUGGUACACAAUUUACUUCCGAAGAAUUUAAACAAUUUUGUUCUAGUAAUGGUAUUGAACAUAUUCGAACAACACCAGGACAUGCUCAGUCAAACGGACAAGCUGAACGUUAUGUUAAUACAGUAUUAGUUCGUGAUUUUAGAAAUAAUCUAAAUCAAGUGCAAUGGACACCAGGUGUACUUAUCGGUCGCAUUGGUUCAAGAAUCUGGUCGAUCCAAAUUAGUGAUAAAAUUUGGCGUCGUCAUGAAAAUCAAAUUAAAAUUCGUUGUUAUUCAACUGAUGAUGAUAUUAUUACUAUUCCAACAUCAUCACCUCCGACAACAACAACGUCAAAUAAUUCAUCUCCAUCUACAUGUAAACCUAAUCUUGUUCAAGGUGCUCAAGGUCCAUUAAUACCUCGUCGUUCAUCACGGAAAAAGAAACAACAAAAAGAUUGA